UCGAGGUUCAAGGCUGUACAAGAAAAAUGGUUUCCUGACCUGGCAUUCUCUGGUACACACUGGUAAUGGGGAGCUAAACAACUACAACAAACACAAGUAGUCUCCAUAGUCACUGAUAAUGAACAACGCCGACCAGGAAAACAACAAUAUCAACAAUGAUGCCAACAGGAGACGCAACAGUAACGGAGCUGGUGGGCGGGGUCAGCCCAACCCCAUCCUACAUGUCCGAGACAGGCUGUUCCAUGCCUUAUUCUACAGAAUAGCAAUAACAUAUGCCAGGGCCUUUCCCCGCCCUGUCAGACGUGUGCUAGAGUGUGCCAUUUUGCUGAAGGCAUUGACAGUCCUGGGUAUUUUGGUGUACAUACAUGUUGUGUUUGCAAGGACUCCCAUUAACUGUCUGCAAAGUGUUCAGAAGUCGUGGCCAAGACAUGGAAUCCUCAGAGUGGAGAUUGUCAAGAAUGCCUCAGCAAACUACAGCAUCAUAAACUCAUAUGAGAAAGAAUACUCUGAUUUUUCCUUGUAUUUGGACAACAUAGCUGAUGGCAUUGCCUAUCCUGGGGUAGUACAGGACGAAAGUGCAGAUAAUGAAACCGAAAUUGCUACAAAUUUGACAGAUAAAGUGUUGACUGAGGAUGAGGGGAAUGAGAUGUUGGGAGGGAAUGGAAGUGUUAUAGGAGAAGAGGCAGAACCACUGGUCCUGGACGAGGUAGUGGACAAGGUGGUGGACGAUGGGGAGUUCAGCAACUACACUGCAGAUCACAACAAUGACAACAUACCUGAGGAUGCUGCAGGGGAACACCUCAAAGACACUCUCAGUGAAUUAGAAAUGUUGGCCAAAGCUGUGUGGCCAGAGGAGAAGUAUAUUGUGGAGUAUGCCCUGGAGUAUGGCUUUCUCCGACUGUCACCCAAGACAAGGCAGCGGCUCAACAUCACCGUCAUGCUUGUGACUCUCGACCCCCUUAAGGAUGAGUGUUUUGGGGACAGCUUCAGCCGCUUCCUGCUGGAGGAGUUCCUUGGAUACGAUGACAUCCUCAUGUCCAGCAUCAAGCAGCUGGCUGAGCAGGAGGAAAACAAAGGUUUCCUCAGGAAUGUUGUGACAGGGGAACACUACCGGUUUGUCAGCAUGUGGAUGGCACGGAGCUCCUACAUCGCUGCCGCUUUCAUCAUGCUCGUCUUCACUGUGUCGGUGUCAACACUGUUGAGGUAUUCUCACCACCAGAUCUUCCUCUUCAUAGUUGACCUGCUGCAAAUGCUGGAGAUGAAUGUGACUGUUGCCUUCCCAGCUGCUCCCCUGCUCACGGUCAUCCUGGCUCUUGUUGGUAUGGAAGCCAUCAUGUCUGAGUUCUUCAACGACACUACGACUGCGUUCUAUAUCAUCCUGAUAGUGUGGAUAGCAGACCAGUAUGACGCUAUCUGCUGCCACACCAACAUCAGCAAGAGACACUGGCUCAGGUUCUUCUACAUGUAUCACUUCGCCUUUUAUGCGUACCACUACCGGUUCAAUGGGCAGUACAGUGGUCUGGCCCUCUUCACCUCUUGGCUGUUCAUACAGCACUCCAUGAUCUACUUCUUCCACCACUACGAGCUGCCUGCCAUCCUCCAGCAGGCCCGGAUACAGGAGCUGCUGGCUCAGCCUCACAACCAGGACGCCCACAACAACAACGCCCAACCCAACGCCGCUACUGCUGCUGCUGCCGCAGCUGCAGCUAACAUUGAUGAACAGCUUAGAGCCAACCUCGGACCUGUAAACAAUAAUGUCGCUGGAAUAAACAAUGUUCAGAAUGCGGGUCCGGCCAGUGCUGAGAAUGUCCCUCAGGGUCAGGAAACUGGACAGGGGCCAAGUGAAGGGUUGGAGCCACCUCUGGAAGGGGCAGUGGAUAACCCAGAUGACCAGAGAAGCAUUGAGAGACGUGUGAAUGAUCUUCUCUCAGCACUGAAUCGACCUUCUACCGACGGUCAAACAGCCAAUACCAGGGAGUUUUCUGUGGAUAGGGUGCGUGUUUACACACCAGGGACGUUCAUGAGGAAUUUUCUACGCUUUCGGGGCAAUUCUGCUCAAAAUCCUCCUAAUAAUCCUAUGCCAAGUCCAUCUCCAAGACCCGAUUCCCAAAACCUUUCCAGUAACAACCCCCCUGCUUCUCAAACUGAAGCUAAUGCUUCUGGAAACAAACCUAAUUCUUUUACUGAAGAUGAAGUAAGUCUUCAUGAUAAUAAAACACUGAACAGCUCUAGCCAUGUGUCUGAACUUUCACCAGGGAGCAGUUCAGACAAUCCCUCCACAUCAAGUUGUACAGACUCAACUUCGAGGGGUACAAAGCCAACGUCGGGGGCUACUGACUCAGGACUGUUCGAUCUGCCAAGAGGAGAUAACUCCAUGGUGACAGAUCACCCUCCUACCUGUGCAAACCCUGCAAUGUCUUUGAGCAUGGACUCCUAUUCUGAUAAUUCUCAGACGUCAGUGAAAGAUGUAUAUAGUGUACAACCUAUACAACAUAUAGUUGAAAACACUGCCAGUUUAGGUGACUCAGCGCCGCAAGAUAACUUGUCAGUGGAUCCACCCGACAGGUUGCCUUCGCCAACAACAGAGGGGACAAGUGGACAUUCUACAUAUAUACCUGAAGCUUCCACAGACACCUGAUAGUGUGGCAACAUGGAUUUUCACUUUUUGUUAGGAGAAAUCUGCAUCAAAAUUUAAGGAAAGGAGAUGAUUUUCUUUAUGCUUGGUUUCGGAGGUGCUUACCUGCUAAAGUAAAUUUACAGUGGGAAAAAAUGAUUAUCUGAAAAGUGUUUAUCCUCUUCUGCCAGAUGUAAACUUAAGUGACCAUGGUGGUGAACUCAAAUUAGUUUGCUUCAAGAAGACCAGGUGCCACCUACACGAAGCUAGCUUAGUACUAAGGACAUUACAACACCCACUUAAAAGAUAAGACUUACAAAAGCCUUAGUGCCAUUAUUGUUUUAUACAUAUGGUCCUGAAUAUGAGCAAACCCUGCACACAUGGCAAUAUUCAGAUUAUUAAAGACUCCUUCCCCCCAAUAUGAAAGGGCAAAUUAAAAACCAUUUUUGUUGUGUUUUUUUCUUUUCACAAGGAUUUUUUUGCAUAAACCAAGAUGUAAAAUGUCUGACCUAAUAAGUAAUAUUAAGUACGGUAUAUUUCUAAAUGUGUGCUUUAGCAUCUACUUUACUGUAUAUCAGAGAUAACUAUUUAUUGAGAGAUCUUUAUCAUAUAUGAUGUGUAUAAGACGGAAUGGAUGCAGUUAUUGAAUAUGGUUUGCGAUUUAUGACCUUUUAUUUAAGACCAAAAUCGUAUCCAGGUUGGUCUGCUGGCCAUGUUAGUAAACUGACUUCGUCAUGGUCAUGGAAACAGAUGUGAUAUUGGAAGAUUUUGUGCAUGCCAAUUUUAUGUAAAAAAAACAGUCUGAGCAAAUGUUUCAUAGAAAUGAUAUUUAUGUAUGUAUCAUAAUAAUUAAUCCCUGUCUUUUCAUAAA